CCAGGCAUUCCCCGGAAAUGCUGCCAUACAAGACCGCUAUCUUGUGGCUCCUUUCUGGGACGAUGUGGACAUCCGAUUCACACAGGAGACAUAUCUUAUGAGAAUACAUGAGUCUGGGUAUUUCUUAGACCAGGUGAAUAAUUUCAUACACGCAGCAGACGACUGACUUUGUGGGAACAUGAUGAUGGUGUGGUUUACUAUGACAAGUGCACCCAUACUUUGGCCUCUUUAACUCUGAGGAGAAUACAUUUCAAGCCAUACUGAUCACAGAUGGAACUUACUCAUACACAAUUUUCACUUACCAAUGUGGCCUAAUGGAAUGGGAUAAUGGAGCAACCAUAGGAUUCAAUGCAGCUGGUGAAAUGUUUGCCAAUCACAACCCAAGCAGCUCGGAUGUGGCCUGUCUCAACUCUCCAGACAGUGCCUGGAGCAAUGUGAUAUAUCGACUCAGCAAUGAACAACGGAACUUCCACCACCAACAAAUGUGGAGGCAUUUAAUACCACUUUGGACACUACAAUGAUACAGUGGGUGGUAACUACAAUUGAUGAACCACAGAACUACACUGUGCAAUAUGGCACAGACCAAAGCGAUCUUGAAUUCACUGUGGGCCCAAUCCAAAGCGUUGGGAUGGAAGAGCAGACCUACCAAAUACCCUUGAUAAUUUAGUGCAAGGCACAACAUACUAUGUGCAAGUUGUUUCGGUGUUUGGAGUUUACACACUGACAAGUGAUGUAAUAUCAUUCACAUACACUUGAACCAGCUAUUGAGAUUCCACCGACCAACUUUGUAGCAGAAGCUGCGGGCACAUCCGUCACAUUCGCAUGGACCACACCAACAGUCUCACAGACGAUUGUAUCUUACAGACUAGUCUGUCAUCCCCAAAGUGAAAUAGACAUUGAGAUUAAGAAUAUCAACACCAUCACACUGUAUGACUUGCCACCUGUGACCAACCUGUCGUGCACUUUGGCUGCUGCUAGCUCAGGAGGAUAUGGUCCAGAAACACCAGCAAUCAACGUUGUCACUGACGAUGCCGUGGAAGCCGAUUCGUACUUCUCGUUCCUUCCAAUGGACAUCCAUGUCAAUUUUGAGCAGUUCUUUUUCCCUGGAACCGACGAAGGAUACUUCGGACCAAUAAACAUACCUGGAGGCUUCCCCUUCGGUGGCACAGUGCAAACUGACGUUUAUAUUGGAUCAAAUGGAAUACUGUCAUUUGGUACUCCCUACAAUACAUUCUUCAACCAAGAACUUCCGGUGCCCGGCCAAGCACUAGUUGCUCCAUUCUGGGAUGACGUUGACACCAGGUUCGGGAGUGGAACAAUCUCGUUUGAAGUCCAAGACUCUGGCUACUUCUUGGAAGAAGUCAGCGAAUUUAUCCGGAGGAGAAGAUCAGCACUUGAUUUCACUGGAACCUGGAUGCUUAUUGUCUAUUGGGAGGCUGUACAUCCUUACUUUGGUGUUUUUAAUACUGAGGAGAACACAUUCCAGGCCAUCAUAAUUACAAACGGAACAUACUCCUAUUCUCUUUUUACGUAUAAGUGUGACCUGAUGGAGUGGGAUAAUGGAGUGACGAUAGGGUACAGUGAUGGAGACAAAUUUUUCAUGAAUAAUGUUCCAUCCACCCGGGAAGUAGCCUGUUUCAAUCUUCCAGUCUCAAACUUCAGCAAUAUCAUUUACCGCCUUAGUGCAGCUAACCCUGAAAUCCCACCACCAGACAACGUGAGAGUCAGAUCUUUCACCAUGACUGAAGCUAAAAUAUCCUGGAACAUUCCACGAUUUACUCAGCAAGAAAGUUACACAGUGGAAUAUGGGUUGUCGGCCACUGACUUAAACCUUGAAUCAGACGUAGUGCAGAGUAUUACUGACACCAAUAUCAAUAAUGAGGAGUAUGAUGUUACACUGCGGGACUUAGCAGGAUCUACCCUGUACUAUUACAGAGUUGUGGCCAGGUUUGGUGUCUACGUCAGGCAUACUCAGGUGUAUGCCUUCUUCACUCAAUUUGAGCCCCAAGCUGCGUACCUUCAAUUCCUGGAACAGACGGACACAAGCGUCGAUGGCGGCACACUUUUCAGUUGUCAACACUGCAGCUCCUUUGAAAUAACAUUCCCCAGCGAUUUUGCCUUUGGAGGAUAUUACCACCAGUCUGCAUAUGUCGCCACUGAUGGGUACAUAACAUUUGGAAUACCGCUGAUAGAUGAAGUGCCGGAAGCUUUUCCACCCGAUGACCCAGACGUUUUUUGGACUUACAUGAUUGCUCCAUUCUGGGCAAACUUUGACACGACAAUGGGUGGCACUGUGUCUUGGAAGCUGCACACUCGUGAAAACUCAUUAAAUUUAGUAGCAAUGGUUGAUUCAUUCAUAGCUGGAGAGUAUGGUGAUGACAACUUCGUGGGGUCAUGGAUGCUAGUAGCAUUCUGGGAGAACGUGCAGCCUUCAAACCUGGCAACCGGAAAUACUUUCCAAGCUGUACUGACUACCAAUGGGACCAAAUCGUACGGUGUAAUGAUAUACCACUGUGGUGAACUAGGAUGGUCAGAAUCUGCUACAAUUGGCUUUUAUGCACCUACAUCAGAUGUAUACACUCAUCCACUGAGUACAUCUUCAGCAGGAGUAUUGAUAAAAACUGACGAAAUUGCCUGUCUCCAUAACUCAUCCGAUUGGAGCAACCUGAUAUUUGAACUGGAAGUCAGCAAUCAUAUCCUUGGAAUGACCCCAGAACCACACUUUUCUGCAGGGAGCUGUGUGGACGCAGGAUUCACUGAGUGCUGUACUGGUUUUGCUUGCAGUGUGCAAGGAUGUUUUUGUGACGCUAUAUGUCAUUUCUUUGGAGACUGUUGCUACGAUAUAGACAUGACAUGCCCAGAUACGGAUGGGGCUGCCUACAAUAUUCUUGUUGCCCAUGGACAUCACAUAUCGCAAAUACACUUUGAGGGCAUCAGCUCUGAAACUGUCCGAACAAACACUAGCGGCACAGUGGUUGGCAUAGAUUACUUACACACGGAUUCUUCAAUGUUUUGGUCUGAUAUUACCACUGAUACUAUCCACCGCGCUAAACUCGAUGGUACAAGCGAAGAAGUACUUGUUACUACAUGCAUCUCUUCUGUCGAUGACGUUGCCGUGGAUUGGGUGUCAAACAAACUCUACUGGACUGAUUCUGUUUGGUCAAGAAUAGAGGCUCUCGACCUCGACACAAACAUAAGGGUUGAAGUGCUAACAGCAGGAGCAAACAGCAUACCGAGGGCAAUUGCCGUCGAUCCUGUCAACAGAGCCAUGUUUUGGACCGACUACGGACUUACUGGUAAGAUUGAAACUGCAGGAAUGGACGGUGGCGAAAGACGGGUAUUGCACUACACUGACAUAUGGCAACCAAAUGGAAUCGCAAUCGAUUACGGUUCCGCCAGAAUCUAUUGGUCAGAUGCAGGGCAACAGAGACUGGAGUAUUCCAACUUUGAUGGCUCGGAAAGGACCGUGGUCGAAACUGCAGGAACCGGACUGGUGUCUCCAUUUGCAGUCACUGUUGUAGACGACAUUCUAUUCUGGAGUGACUGGGAAACCAAUAAGAUCUAUGCCACACAUAAGGAGCAUGGGGCACUGGAAAAUGAGGGAUACUUCAGUGAGAUAGUUACUUUCCUUCACACUCCGUACGGAAUAAAAGCAUUAAGAUCUGAUUUACAGCCACAAGCUGAUAACCCUUGCCUGAACAGUGAAUGCAGUCACAUGUGCUUACUAACGUUUGUGAAUGGCGCUGGUUUCACCUGUGCUUGCCCAGAAGGAUAUGAUUUUGAAAAUGAUACCUUCUGUAAACCCAAAGAAGGACCCCAAACAGAUUGUUCUAUCACUCCUGGCUCUUGUGCAGCAGCAUCUUAUGUAACGUGCUGCGAAGGAGGCUUCUGUGCAGGCUCACCUGCUAAUUGCUUCUGCGACGAUAGGUGCCGCACUCGUGGAGAUUGCUGCAUUGACAUCAACGACACUUGUCUUGAAGGUUGGCCUCGGCUUCCUAGGAACAUCUCAGUAAUAGACAACACUGGGCUGUCUGUAACAAUAGCCUGGCUGGUCCCCUACAUUGCCUCAUCACCAGAGACGUACACCAUUGGGUAUGGCAUCAGCCCGGACAGUCUUACCUUAUUCACGGCAGUCUCGAGUGGAUCUAACACCAGUAUUGUCGACCAGGUGUAUUCCAGGUCCCUCCCAGGACUAGCAUACACAACAACGUACUAUUUUCAAAUUACAGUCACAAAUGACGUUACUGGUUCCACUGGUGUAAGUACGGAGAUACUGUCAUUCACCACAGCCGAAGGAGCUCCAAGUGCGGCACCAGCAAAUUUCACUGUUGCUGUGGAUGCCACGGAAGUGUGUUUGGCAUGGGAUCCCCCACCAAAAGAUCAACAAAACGGAGUCAUCGUAUCUUACAGACUACUCUGCUCUGGCAGCGAUACGACAUACGAACAAAUUGUCAAACAACACAUAAGGAGCUACUGUUUUGACAGUCGAGUUGGAAAUGAGGUGCUUUCCUGCACUGUAGCGGCUAGUACUGGAGCAGGAAUGGGGCCAAGUACUGGGGCAGUUGUAGUAACUACCGAAGCAAUGGACAGUGGAACCCUCAGGAUGCUGGUACUGAAUGCAACAGUUGGAGUCGACCCAGUAAUCUUACCAGAGUCUGAUGAGGGUACAUUUGGACCCAUAACCCUUCCAAACUACGGAUUUCCAUUCUGGAGUAGUGACCGAGAGGAAGUCUAUAUUGCGAUCAAUGGACUACUAGCAUUUGAGCAACCCUACGGAAGUUUCUUCAACCAGCCAUUCCCAGGCAACUUCUUUAUAAGCUCCCGCUAUCUAGUGGCACCGUUCUGGGAUGAUGCCGAUACUAGGGGAGGAGGUGGACAGAUCUUAUAUGAGGUGCACACAUCCGGUUACCUCUUGGAGCACAUAAGUGCAUAUGUGAGGGCACAAAAGCCAUCACCAUUCCAAGGAACGUGGAUGCUCGUUGUGUUCUACGAUGCAGUUCAUCCCUACUUUGGUUCAGGGGAAAACUCAUAUCAAGUGAUUCUUAUAACCGAUGGUACCUACACUUACACUAUAUUUACCUACGACUGCGAUCUUAUGGGGUGGGGCACAAGUGCUACGAUUGGAUUCAAUGCAGCAGGGGAAGAAUUCGUGAACAAUGAGUACACAUCGAAUGCGAUGUAGCAUGUUCCAGCCUUCCACAGUGCGACUCAUCACCAUGUCAUCUACCGACUGAGUGAAAUCAACGCACAGAGUAUGCUUACAACUGACAUGUGUUGAUGGCAUUUGAAGAGACAUCUGUACCAUUAAUGGGUAGUUCCAUCAGUACACAACAGCAGCAGUACACGGUAUUUUAUGGCACAGACUCCGAACCUUGAUCAGACAAGUGCUACUGUGCUCAGCAAUAGCGAUACAUCACUCACAAACAGCAGUAUUUCGUAGUAAUACAGGCUACAGUAGGCACAACUUACUACUUCCAAAUAUCCGUCAGCAUGGGGAUUUGACAUUCAGAGACGGGUUGACGCAUAUCCGAAAA